UCUCCAUCGGCCACCUCAAUCUCCAUUUUGUCAAUCGUCAACACUCUCUCGCUCUUUUACUCUCGUAAUCCUGUCCUCCCCCCACCCAUCACACUCCUUGUCGCGGUGAUGGACGACGACGUCCCACCAUACAUCCCCAUCCCGCUAGCCGGGGUCCCCAUCCUCCCUCCUCCCGACGCCAUGGCUGGGACCAACCCCCCACCAGCGGUCGCGCAGCCGGGAUCCGCCGUCUUCCCACCGCCGCCGAGCGCGCCCCCCGUGCGCAAGCUCAUCCCCACCACGACGAGUCUGAGCACCAACGUGUCCGAUCUUGUGCUCAGCUCACUGUUGCCCGCCAACCUCCCCAAGCUUCCGUCCAACCACCCUCCCGGGCGGGCGAGGGAGCUCACGAGCCAGAGAGAGGGGCUGGGCCUGAAUGUGAUGAGCAACAACUUUAGGCGGUUCGUGACCAAGGUUGGACCCAUCUUUUGGCUACAGGAUCGCGUUGAAGAGGUGCUAUUCUGGCAGAAGCCGUCCUGGACAUGGGCUUGGCUCCUAACGUGGACGUUCAUCUGCUUCCAGCCGCGCGUGCUCCUUUUCCUCCCAACCGCCGUCCUGCUCGUGAUUUAUACAUGGCUACAGGAGCGCAGGAACCCGGUACCCUCUCUGUUCGGCGUCACCCUCGCACCCACGCCGGCUGGUUCGGCGCGGAUCGGCGGCGAUGCUGACCCAAACUCGUACAGCGCCUCCACGGUGCCAGAGAUGGAGGGUGCGCCUGUCGUACCGCCCAAGGAGGCUGAGUCGUCCGUCGACUACUUCAUGAACAUACAGGCUAUCCAGAACCUCAUGGGUCUCAUCGCCGACGUCUUUGACACCGCCAUACCGUACCUCACCCUCAUCGGUGGCAAGGACACAGCGCCAACGAGCUUCCCUCUCUCACCGUCCACCGUCAUUCUCGCGCUCAUUCCUCCGACGCUUUUGUUGCCGCUCACGCCGGCAUGGGCGAUCAAGUACCUCCUGCUGCCGAUGGGUAUCGCGCCUCCUCUCCUGUUCCACCCAAACUUCAUCGCGGCGAUCGAGGCCGCCCCUCGUUCCAAGCGUGCUCUUCAGGCUCGCGCAAUGGCAGAGGAAGCAGUGAUGACGGACGCUCUGUCCGACGACCUCGGUCGCCGACUCCUCGCUCGGGUAGAGGUGUGGGAGAACGAGCGACUUGACCCCACAGCUGUCUCCAAGACGCCGCUGCCACCGGGCUCGUGGUCCGUGCGGUUCUUGCGCGCCGGCGAGCGCGCGCCCUGGGUCAAGGUGCGCCGUGGCGACAGCGCGUGGGCGGCGGAGGAGGUUGGCGACGAGGGACCGACGAUGGUCUUGAGUCUGAAGGACAAUUGGAACUUUGUCCCAGGCGAGGACUGGCGCGUGGAUGUGUGCGGGCUCUGGAGCGAUGUAGGCACCGACGCCGACGGCUGGGCAUACUCUGACGACGGGUGGCAGAACCCCUCAUCUGUCCCAGAUGCGCCGCGCCGUGUGACGAGGCGUCGGCGUUGGUGGCGGCGCGUAUACCGCAACGACCGCGAGUUGUAACAAUUGCAUGAUGGCAUGACGUAGUGGUUAAAACCGUGCGUAAUGCCUUUAAUUAGGUCUUGGAAUGUACCAUUAGCCCAAAAGUU